AUGGAUCCAGUGAGCGUGUGGGGGAACGCGCCCUUGGUCACGGUGGAUCCCGAGAUCCAUGACCUGAUCGAGAAGGAGAAGCGCCGCCAGUGCCGCGGCAUCGAGCUGAUCGCGUCGGAGAAUUUCACCUCCUUCGCGGUGAUGGAGGCCCUGGGGAGCGCCCUCACCAACAAAUACUCCGAAGGCAUGCCGGGAAACCGCUACUACGGCGGCAACGAGUUUAUCGACGAGAUCGAAAACCUGUGCCGCUCGCGCGCUCUCGAGGUCUUCCACCUAGACGCUCAAUCUUGGGGGGUUAACGUGCAGCCCUACUCGGGCUCCCCAGCCAACUUCGCCGCCUACACGGCGGUGCUGAACCCGCACGACCGAAUCAUGGGGCUGGAUCUCCCCUCCGGCGGCCACCUCACCCACGGGUAUUACACCUCCGGCGGGAAGAAGAUCUCCGCCACCUCAAUCUACUUCGAGAGCCUUCCUUACAAGGUGAAUUCCACCACGGGAUUCAUCGACUACGAGCGCUUGGAGGAGAAGGCGCUGGACUUCAGGCCAAAGAUGAUAAUCUGCGGCGGCAGCGCCUACCCUCGCGACUGGGACUACAAACGCUUCAGGGAAAUCGCGGACAAGUGUGGCGCACUGCUCCUCUGCGACAUGGCCCACAUUAGCGGCCUUGUGGCCGCGCAGGAAGUGAACAACCCCUUCGAGUAUUGCGACAUUGUCACCACCACGACGCAUAAGAGCUUGCGCGGUCCCAGAGCGGGCAUGAUCUUCUACCGGAAGGGCCCAAAGCCGGCCAAGAAGGGGCAGCCGGAUAACGCAGUUUACGAAUUCGAGGACAAGAUCAAUUUCGCCGUUUUCCCUUCUCUCCAGGGUGGCCCCCACAACCACCAGAUUGGGGCCCUCGCCGUGGCACUGAAACAGGCCGCGUCGCCAGGGUUCAAGGCCUACGCUAAACAGGUGAAGGCCAACGCCGCCGCGCUGGGCAAGUUCUUGAUGGGGAAAGGGUACAGUCUCGUCACCGGCGGAACGGAGAACCAUCUUGUCUUGUGGGAUCUCAGACCUCUUGGAUUGACUGGGAACAAGGUGGAGAAACUCUGUGAUCUCUGCAACAUUACCGUCAAUAAGAACGCUGUUUUUGGUGACAGCAGUGCCUUGGCCCCCGGGGGUGUACGAAUCGGUGCCCCUGCUAUGACUUCUAGAGGUUUGGUUGAAAAGGACUUUGAGCAGAUUGGUGAGUUCCUUCACCGUGCCGUGACUCUCACACUGGAAAUCCAGAAGGAGCAUGGCAAACUUCUCAAGGAUUUCAGCAAGGGUCUCGUCAACAACAAGGCUAUUGAUGAUCUCAAAGCUGAUGUUAUGAAGUUCUCUGCCACGUUUGACAUGCCUGGCUUCCUGGUAUCUGGAAUGAAGUACAGGGAUUAG